AUGAAAAAUAACUUUUACAUGAACGUAGCUGAUGACAUGCACAGUCAUUUAAGGCAAGGUGAGAUGUUAGAAUUCACGGUAGAAUCUAUCAGCAAAGGUGGAUGUAAUCGUGUUUUAGUUAUGCCUAACACAACUCCUAUCAUAAGUUCUUGUAAGGAUGCAAAGGAAUAUUUAUAUAAACUAAAAAAGUAUGAUGAAGGUAUACACUAUUUAAUGACCUUGUAUUUGAAUAAGGAUACGGAUGAAUAUGAUAUACUAAGUAAUUACCAAGAAUGUAAUUUACAAGGCGUAAAGGUAUAUCCAAGUAAUGUCACAACUAAUUCAAGUCAGGGCAUUACUAGUUUAGAACCUUAUUAUAAGGUAUUUCAUGUAUUAGAAAAAUUAAAUAAGAGUGUGCAUAUUCAUUGUGAAGAGCCAAAUAUAAAUCCAUUAUAUGCUGAAGAAAGAUAUUUACCACAUAUACAUGAUUUAGCUGUAAAGUUUCCAAAUUUGAAUAUUGUUUUAGAACAUAUAUCUUCAAGCGAAUCGAUAAAUGUUAUUAAACAAUUUUCAAAUGUAGCUGGUACCAUAACACCUCAUCAUUUAUAUUUAACUAUAGAUGAUGUUGUUAAUAUGGAUAUAUAUGAUCGUUCAAUAGAUACCACUUCUAUUGAAAAAUAUAUAAAAAAUAAAUAUCAUUAUUGUAAGCCAUUACCCAAGUUAUUAGAAGACAAAAUUGCUUUACAAAAUGUUAUAAAAGAAGAUUUUCCACGAGUCUUUUUGGGUUCGGAUUCAGCACCUCAUUACAAAUUUAUGAAGUGUAAUCCACACUACAAACCAGGCAUAUACACACAACCAUUUUUAGUUAAUUAUGUUGCUCAUAUAUUAAACAAGUUUGAUGCUCUAGAUAAGAUAGAAAAUUUUACAUCAAAAAAUGCGUCUGCAUUUUUAAAUUUAACAGAUAAAAAAGAAAUAUCAGACUAUUACUUAUAUGUGCAUAAAAGACCUUUUAAAUUACCACAAGAAUAUAAUGGUGUAGUUCCAUUUUUGUCAGGAGAAACUUUGGAUUUUGACAUACAACCUGUAUAUAGGUUUUAA